UCUUUCGUGACUUUGAUCUUGCCGUCAUUAUCGACCGAGCAAAUUUCUUUUUCGCGGGAAUCGUAUUGCGCGCCAACAAUGAUCGGGAGAACCUCACUGGUGGAACAAAAGAGGAUCCAAUGGGCAAGAGAGAGAGAAGAAAUGGCACGUCUUGGCGGGAGUUGGGGACUUUUAAAAAAUAACAUCAAUAUCCGCACCAAUAUUCGUACUUAUCCAAGUGGAUCAAGAAUGUCCUUGAUGGAAACGAAGGACAAACAAUUGUCCUCAAAACCUUUCCGUGCCACUGGACAUUACGGAAGCACGGUCAGUCUGAAGAGCCUGGCGACAGAGAGUUCCGGAAACAGUGGCACGAACCUAAAGUGUUUGGACUGCAAUGGUGGUAGCUUGAUAAAUCUGCACGAGCAACCGGAAGUGUCGCAAAUCAGGCACAGAAGCCCGAGUCUGCCGCCCAUUUACAACAAGGAUCAGCAGCAAUAUGUCUGUCAGGGUCAGCAGCGAGACUUCGCCAACGAAGGAUUACACUAUCGUCCUGAGAAAACUCAGCAACAGCGCAAUCAUCGACACUACGAUCGUUAUGAAAAUUCGAAGAACACUCAUUACGGCUCGCAGGGCGAAGAACGUGAAGGAGAGACUUCCGGUUACGCCAGCGACUCUGUAGAUGUGCCAGCGUCAGAAACAGGAACUGUGUUACCUGGAUGCAAAGCACCCCCGCAGGAAAUGCCGGAGAAAACGUGGCAAAAUCCUUACCAGACAACGCCAGAAAGUUCAUUGCCACCAUCGAGGAGAUUAUCUGAUAGUAGGAUAGGAGAACUGAACAGGCCAAGGUGGGGUAGUGUAUGGGGUCAAGAGACUGCACGAGGAGAUCCACCAGCACCUUCUUGGCUGGCGAGAUUAGGACAAUCAAGCCAAGUCCUGGUUAUAAAUCACGAAAGUGCCAGCAGUUCGGACAGCUCGACGAUAGGCUCGAUUGGAUCCGAUAACAAGACCUAUCUUCGGGGUCAGAAUAUACCCGUGGACGCAGGCAUUCUUCAAGAGCGAGAGGCGAAAAGGCAGAAAGCUCUGGAACUUCAAAAUGCGAUUAAAAAGCAGCUGGAAGAGAAAGACAGGCAGAGGAAGGAAGAGAAAGAGAGGAGGCUCAGGGAAGAACGUUUGGAAGAAGAACGGAUUAGAAGGGAAAGAGAGAAAGAAAAAGAAAGGUUCGAGGAAGAGCAAAGGAAAUUGAAAGAAAGGGAAGCUGUUAAGCUAAGACAAGCUGAAGCGAUGCACGAGGUUCUGAAGGCAGCAGAGCGUUUGGCGAAGGAGCAGAAGAAAGUUCGUCGCAAAUGCGAAGAAAGUGAUGAAGAAACUACGAUAUCAUCCAGAGAAUGCGAGUCGAAAAUUUCAAACGAAACUCAGGUCAAACAAAAUUGCUCAAGUGCAAGAACUCAGCAAAGUUUAACUUCUAGCAGCGAUGUCAAAGAUACUAAUGAAAGAGUAACUUUGUUGAAUAACAAAGAAAAUAACAGUAACAAAGAUGUACCAAGCAGUUCAGAGAAAGAAGAACAAGAAAAUAAUGAUUUGAAUGCUGUCCAAGUUCCUAUUAGUAAAGAUGUAGCAAUUGUACUAAGUGGUCGCCUUGAAGACUCAGAGAUACUUAACAAAGCAAACCUGCAGUUGGUUAAUUUGGUCCUGACUCCUACUCCAAGGGCAAUCGAAAAUAAUUCGAAUAAUUUGUCUGUAGGAUUGAACACUCUUAUACACAAUCUAGGAAGUUCGAAUUUCAGUCCAAGCUCCUCCAGGAUUCCAUCCACCAUCGUAGAAAACAGAUUACUCACUCCCAGUAAAUACAGAUCCAUGAAUGGUCGAGACUUUGCCACCCAGACAGACAUAGAAAACGAUCGUCAAGAUUAUCGGGAGAAAUUCCAGGACUCGACCAUCAAGGACUCUUCUAUGAAGGACCGCAAGGACGCGACGAAUGCUAGUAAAAGGGAUAUCGAAAAGUCCAUGAAUGUAUCAACCGAGGAGAUUGCUGUGAAAUCUCUUCCUAGAUUAAAAUGUCAGUCUAGAAGAGGAAUUGAUUCCAGGCCACAGUGGAAUGCUAAUAGACCGGGUACUCGGUAUCGUACACAAAGUGAAAAAGAUCCUCAUUAUCAAAGAAGAUUGCGAAUGAGAAGACGUCUGGUUGAAUCUAGCGAUGAACGUUCAAGAUCACCAUCGCCGGAUGGAAGAAAACUUAUAGAUAUCAAAUCUAAACUCCGUAUGAUAAAUAAACCGAAAACGAAAAUAGACAGUUACGAUGCGGAUCUUUCGAUGGACAGUUUGAAUUCCAUCAUACCAUUGCGGACAGAUAAAAAUGGAAGGAUCACUAUCGAAGAAAAUAGAUGUGGACGUAACGAUAAAGCACGAUCAGACAACAACGAUAAUCCUAAUAUCUGGUGCGGACAAGAUAUUUUAUCUAAACUAUCCACCUUGAAAAAUGGUCUCUUAAUGAAACAGAUGGAAUGGGACUCCGAGAGAUGCCUGGUCUCUCCCGCUGCAUCAGAGAUUUAUUAAUGAAAAUCAAUCAUCCGCGUUUUUGUGCAUACUUUUCGUUCUUUCGUUUCAGUUUUGUAGAAAGUGUG